AUAUCACAGUUAACUUGCUAAUUCAGAUAGAUAAACUAGUUCAGUUACUUGAAUCGCCAGUCUUUACAUAUUUACGCCUCCAACUUCUCGAGCCAGAUAAAUAUCCUUAUCUUUUUAAAUGCCUUUAUGGGUUGUUAAUGCUCUUACCGCAGAGCAGUGCGUUUGCCAGUUUGAAAAAUAGAUUGACUAGUGUUUCAUCGAUGGGAUUUUUACAUUUGAUUCCGAGAAGUGCAUCACCAACUGAUACUAAACGACAAGCAACAAAAUCAUACGUAAAGGAUGACGGUAUUAAAUUUCAAGAUUUAUUAACUCAUUUUCGGACAGUACAAGCAAAGCAUGAGAAGACUAGAAAACAAACUCUGCAUUCUCUUGGUCAUUCUGGUAGUCAAACUACCCGAAAUCGUCGUAUUCGUGAUCGUACAUCGCUUCCGGCAAGCAGUAAUAACUUAUCGCAAUCUGUGACAUCAAUAUCCAAUAAGAACAAUAGUGGAAACCUAUCGCCCACUGAUCAUCGUGGAAGUACUAUCACUGGAGUAAGCACCAGUAGUGCAAACGUUAAUACAGGAUCGCUGCAGGCAGACCAAUCCAGAAGACGGCUGAGCGCGGCUAGUUCAACAAGUGCAACAAGUGAUCAUGGAUCCGGAAAUCCCCACAUACGUUCUCAGAGUCCGCCC